GUGGUCCUACACAUGCCUCCUUUCCUCUUGAGCUCAACCCUCCCAGAGUGGUGGUGAGAUAUGGAGACUCAGUCUCAGUCAACUGCAGCACAUCAUCCACAGACCAUGAGGGGAUGGGCUGGGAAGCCACAUUGGGAGGUACAGGUUUUGAACAAGAUGUCAACGUUGUCACCUGGACUGUGGAGGACCUUACUGAUUGGACAAUAGAACCUAAAUGCUACAUCGUUCUCAAUGAUGGCGAUCAAUCCUCAAAAGUACUUCCAGUCAUUCUCUACAAGACUCCAGACAGAGUCUUCAUCUCUGCUCUGAGCCACUUUGGUCCCAUGGUGGAGGGGACAGAGUACCAGCUGCAGUGUGACAUCCAGAACAUCGCUCCUCUACAGAACCUGGUUGUGAAGUGGUACAAAGGGAAUGAACUCUUAGAUAAUGUAACUUACAGUAACGUCAGUAAGACACCAGUGGAUGUGUCAGCUACUCUGAUGAUCAGCCCCAGUAGACAUGAUGAUGGAGCUCAGUAUAGAUGUAGAGCAGAACUGGACCUGGGGCCAGAGGGACCACAACCUCCUCUCAUAAUGACAUCAGAACCUCUUGAUUUCACUGUAUUCUACCCCCCAACCUUUUGCAGACCUGAAGCUGAGACCCUGGACAUCAGAGUGGGGGAGGAAAUCACCUUAAACUGCACGGCUACUGGAAGGCCCAGUCCUCUGUACAGCUGGCAGUCUUCACAUGUCCAAGAAGCUCUUUUCUCCCCACCGUCCGAGGUCCCAGGAACCUACACCUGCACUGCCUCCAAUCAGAUAGGCAAGAUCAGCAAGACAUUCACUGUGAAUCCCAAACCUAAAGGCAGUCAAACACGAGAGCAGGUCCCAACUCCAUCAUCUGACCAGGCCAGAGGAAGAGCAAUUCUAUCGCCAGUGUGACCAGCAGGACUUCCUCAACAGACA